GGGCUUUGAACAAUUGCCCCAAAAGCAGAGCUCCAUAGAAGGAGGUUUUAAUCCAUCCUCUCUCUCUUUUCUAUUUCCUUUUUCUUUAUCGGCUUAAUUGUCGAUCUUUGAAGACUCAAAUCUCUUCACAGGUUCUUCCAAUCUGGUUCUCUUUAAUUUCCAUAAUUUAUUCGGAAAUUCCCUUUUUGAUUCUUUUAUCUCUGUGAAGCUACUUUAAAAAAGUAUAUAGAUCUUUGUGAGGUCUAAUUGUUUAUUCAUUGACUGUUCUGCUAUUGGUUUGAUGAUUCAAACCUUUUAAAGCCUUGAAUAGGACGUGAAACACUUUGAUUUUAGGGAAGAGGGUAUUAUUCAUUAUUAUUAUGCUCUCUUUCUCUCUCUAUCAUUUUUGUUGUGAUGGUGAUGAGUCUUUUGACCGAAGAAAAAGGAGAGAAAUCAGUUAAAGUGAAUCAGACUCUAUUAGAGGAGAGAGAGAAAACAACAAGAAGAAAAAGACCCACAUUUGUUUGAGUGAUUGUCAAUGAAAGACGGAAUUUCUUGAUGUAAUGUGCUGCUGCUGCUGCUGCCAUUGAGGGUCAUUCAUUUAGGUUUUCUUCCUUAUCGAUUUCGUCGCCAAGUGUUUGUGAAAAUGCCUGUGUUUCAGUCCAAGAGAGAUGGAGUUAAUGGUCAGGUUCUAGAUCUAGACACCGCCGUCAAAGAUGGGGUUCUCGGAGGCGGUGGCGGAGUGGGAUUCGGAUUCGGCGGUGGGUUCGCCGAGAAAUUGGAUCUGAACAAGAUGAUUGAAGAAUUGGAUCUUCCCGAAGUUCCAUCUGUCUUCAUUUGCCCAAUUUCACUCGAACCAAUGGAAGACCCGGUGACUCUUUGCACCGGUCAAACCUAUGAACGCUCCAAUAUCUUGAAAUGGUUCAGUCUCGGCCAUUUCACUUGCCCCACCACUAUGCAAGAGCUUUGGGAUGAUUCUGUUACCCCAAACAAGACGCUUCAUCAGUUAAUCCAUACCUGGUUUUCUCAAAAGUACUUACAAAUGAAGAAGAAAUCAGAAGAUGUUCAAGGAAGCGCAUCCGACAUUUUAGAUACUCUCAAAAAGGUAAAAGGUCAGGCCCGUGUUCAAUCCCUGAAGGAGCUCCGGCGAGUCGUAACCAAUCACGCCACCACCAGAAAAACGGUGGUCGAGAAAGGAGGCGUAACUCUUCUCUCAUCUCUAUUAGGUCCUUACACAUCUCACGCCAUUGGUUCCGAGGUAGUAUCGAUUCUCGUCAAUCUCAGUCUCGAUUCAUCUUCAAAGUUGAAUCUAAUGCAACCUGCGAAGAUUUCACUCGUCAUCGACAUGUUAAACGAAGGCUCCAUUGAAACGAAGAUCAAUUGCACCAAAUUGAUUAAAACCCUAAUGGAAGAAGAUGAUUUUCAAGUCGAAAUCGUGUCUAGCCAUAGCCUUUUAGUCGCUUUGAUGCGAUUAGUCAGAGAUAAACGACACCCAAGCGGGAAUCUACCAGGUCUAAGCCUACUCAAAUCCAUAUCCUCGCAUAAACAAGUAAGAUUCUUAAUCGUUAGCAUCGGAGCCAUCCCUCAGUUGGUAGAAUUACUCCCCGGAUUAAACCCUGAAUCAUUGGAACUCGCUCUGUUCAUCUUGGAUUCCGUGUCGACGAUAAAAGAAGGUAAACUGGCAUUAAGCAGUUGUUCAAACACGAUUCCCAACAUGGUUAGAGUUCUGAUGAGGGUUUCUGAAAGCUGUACGCAACUUGCUCUAUCAAUUCUAUGGUCGAUCUGCAAGCUGUCACCUGAAGAGUACUCAUCAAUCGCUGUGGACGUAGGUCUUGCAGCAAAACUUCUCCUAGUGAUUCAAAGUGGCUGUGAUCCGUUGCUAAAACAGAAAUCAGCAGAGCUCUUAAAGCUAUGCAGCUUGAAUUACACAGAUUCAAUUUUUAUUUCCAAGUGCAAGCUUACAAGAACGAUUAGGUGAUGAAGACAAAGUGUUCGAUGAAAUGCCACACAAAAAAAAGCCAUGGAGUUCUUGUACAUAGUUGGAUUUGGAGGCAAAGAUGAUGGAGGAAGAGGUGGAAAGAUUGGGGUUUUUGCAAUCGCAAUUGUAAUUGAGUAGUGAUUGCUAUGCUCCAUUGAUGUUUCUUGUUUUUGAUUCUUUAUGAUUAAGAUCACAGGAGUCUCCAAACUUUGUUUUGGCUUUGUGGGUAAAAAUCCUCACCUUUUUGUUCAAUUUUUUUUUUUUCAUCUCAGUUUUCAAUUUUUGAAUAUAUAUAAUUUCUUUGGUAUUA